UGUUUUGCGGUGCGUUUGCCUCAGUUUCGUUUCGUUUCGUUCCGUUCCGCUUCGCUCCGUUACCAUUCGCUAAUAAGCUAAAGGUUUUUUUGGUCAAUCGAGUCGUACAAAAUGUACCAACGACAAGUUUCCUUCGAUAAGCCAACCCGCAUUGAGGACUCCGCGUACAUAGCGGAGGGCGUGGACAUGCGGGAGGCGAAGAACACCUGCCUGCUCUUCUCGCCCAAGGACUCGUCCCUUUCCAGCGGCGCCCUGGCCAAUACCCUGGCCAUCUUCAAGAAGCACGACAUCAACUUGCUGCACAUCGAAUCGCGCUCGUCGCUCCGUGUGCCCGGCUACGAGUUCUUUGUGGAGUGCGACGGCAGGUCCGGUGCGCUGGGCAAAGCCAUUGAGGAUGUGAAGGAGCAGUGCAGCUACUUCAACAUCAUCUCGCGCGACUACAAGGACAAUGCCACGGCAGUGCCCUGGUUUCCACGCCGUAUACGCGAUCUGGAUCGGUUCGCCAAUCAGAUCCUGAGCUACGGCGCCGAACUGGACGCCGAUCAUCCCGGCUUCACAGAUCCCGAGUACCGCAAGCGCCGCAAAUACUUUGCGGACAUCGCCUACAACUACAAGCACGGCGAGCAGCUGCCCCACGUGGAGUACACCAAGGAGGAGAUCGAGACCUGGGGCAUCAUCUUUCGCAACCUGACCAAGCUCUACAAGACGCACGCCUGCCGCGAAUACAAUCACGUCUUUCCCCUGCUCGUCGACAAUUGCGGCUUUCGCGAGGACAACAUACCCCAGCUGGAGGAUGUGUCCAAUUUCUUGAGGGACUGCACGGGCUUCACUCUGCGUCCUGUGGCUGGUUUGCUCAGCUCUCGGGAUUUCCUUGCCGGCCUGGCCUUCCGCGUCUUCCACUCCACCCAGUAUAUUAGGCAUCCCAGCAAGCCUAUGUACACACCCGAGCCGGAUGUCUGCCACGAGCUGUUGGGUCAUGUGCCGCUCUUCGCCGAUCCAGCCUUUGCGCAGUUCUGCCAGGAGAUUGGCUUGGCCUCCCUAGGAGCGCCCGAUGACUACAUUGAGAAGCUAUCCACGAUCUUCUGGUUUACUGUGGAGUACGGCCUGUGCCGUCAGGAGGGCGAGCUGAAGGCCUUUGGCGCUGGUCUGCUCUCCUCCUACGGCGAGCUGGAGUAUUGCCUGACGGACAAGCCGCAGCUGAAGGACUUUGAGCCGGAGGUGACGGGCGUCACCAAAUAUCCCAUUACACAGUUCCAGCCGCUUUACUAUGUGGCCGACAGCUUCGAGAAUGCCAAAGAGAAGACCAUCAAAUUCGCCAACUCCAUUCCCCGCCCCUUCGGCGUGCGCUACAAUGCCUACACACAGAGCGUGGAGGUGCUCGACUCCAAGCAUCAAAUCUCCAAUCUGAUGAACAACAUCAAUGCCGAGUUCCAAAUACUUCAGAAUGCGAUUGUCAAGCUGCGCGUUUAGAUUAAGAAAUCCCCACUCCCUCUAUAUAUACAUAUGUACCUAUGCUACUCUAUAACCAUAUAUGUAUGAAAACGUAUAAUAUACUCUUCUUUUUCACCUCUUGUUUAUUACAA